CAGAAAGCUGACGGGUCGAGGAAGCAGAGAGGACGGAGGGCAAGACCGCUCAGGAGCCCCCGGCCCGCCCGCGGGGGCCAUGAGCGUCCGGCCGGACGCCCCGAGGGAGGAGGGAGAUGCCGGGGACAGGGGACAGGAGGCAGAGCCGCGGGGCCGAGCCAGCAGCCGGCAGCGCCAGCGCAGACAGGCCACCCGGUUCCUGCACAAGGACUCGGCCGACCUGCUCCCCCUGGACGGCCUCAAGAGGCUCGGCACCUCCAAAGACUGGCAGCAACCGCACAACGUGAUCCAGAGGCGUCUGGUGGAGGGGAACCCGAGCCGGCCUCAGGGGCAGCAUCCCUUGGUGCAGGCCGCGAUCCACGGCCAGGAGAGCAGGAGGAGGACCAGCAAGACAGAAAGGCCGGCUCUUCUGGUCAACUGCAAGUGCCAGGACCAGGUUCUUCAGGUGGCCGUGGACACGGGCACCCACUACAAUCAGAUCUCCACUGGAUGCCUCAGCCGCCUGGGGUUAGGGAAGAGGGUCCUAAAAGCCCCAGCUGGGGACCUGGCACCUGGGCCCCCAGCCCAGGUGGAGCCGCUGGAGCUACAGCUGGGCCAGGCAACCGUGGUGUGCUCGGCCCGGGUGGUAGAUGUGGACAGUCCUGAACUCUGCCUUGGCCUGCAGACUCUGCUGUCUCUCAAGUGCUGCAUUGACCUGGAGCACCGCGUGCUACGGCUGAAAGCCCCCUUCCCUGAGCUGCCCUUCCUGCCUCUGCACCAAGAGCCGGGCCAGUGACCGCUGCCCCCGAUGGUCCCCAGGGGGAAGCUCCUUGCCUCAGGGGAAGAGCCAUGAUGGGGCAUGACUAGAGCCAGGUAGCUGGGACAGCUGGGUCUGUCCCUCCUGUCACCACCCUGACCCCACUGUCCCAUCUCCCAGUCGGCCACACUCCUCUGCUUCUCAGCACCUGCCCCAACCCCCAGGAGGAGUGUUCCCUGGAGGGCCCGCGAUCUCAGGGUUCUGGUUUCCCCGUCCUCUCUCAUCCCCCCCGUCCCAAGAAGAGCGGAGCUCAAUCAGGACUGCAGAAAAGGACAUCAGCAGAGCGGGAUCCUGGUUGGGCCCCUGGCACAGCAGGGGGUGGCCCAAGUCCAAGGCUGCAGCCUGCUGCUGGGCCCUGCCUGCCCCGUCCACCCCGAACACCGUUGAGGCCUUGACUCCGCGUGGCUCGCCUCACAACUAGCCCGCCCCCCUCCCCGGCCCGGGUCCCUGGCCCUGCUGCGUCCACUUCUCUGAUCUGCGCACAGCUGAGCGGGAGAGAAACGGUCACCACAACAGUAGAGGAAUGCCUGGCCCACGAGGGCCGGGGGUUCCUUCAUCAGCUGCCUCUUCUGGGGCUGCAAACGUCUGAAGCCAGUUAUUAUUUGAUGCCCUGCGCAAACUUUGGGUAAACCUCUACUAUUUACUCCAGAUACAUACCCUCCACCUGCUCUUCACCCACUGGGAGAGCCCUGUGGGGAACUGCCCCCCAAGGCAGGCAGGAUGGUGGCGUUGCCAGGACCCAGACUUAACCUGACCAAUAUUCCUUAUAUCUAGAACUAUCCACUUCAUUAGACCUUCUUCCCACCCCUCAUCUCUGGCCUCCUGAGCUUGAGCUGGUCUUUUCUGGCAUCAGUGGCUACCCACCCCCCGACCCCCCCCAGCCCUGAGUCCAGCAAAGACACAAGGAAGCUUUGCUACCUUUCCUGUGAAGAGCCCAAACCUCAAAGGGCCAGGCCCCCGGGUGCCUUUCUGGCUGGUUUGAGUCUCUCGUAUGUUGCAUUAGGGGAAGAGGAAGACAGCGGUAUAACUAACCCAACCAGGGGACUAGGACACUCGGGUCGGAAUCAAAACCCUGAGCCUGGAGUAGAUUAGAUCUGAGCAGCGCCAGGACCUGCCGGGACCCCUGGCCGUACCUUUCUCAGCUGAGUCCUCUGCACCCAGGAGAGGAGAGGGGCUCACCGGCACAGGUGUGAGAGUGCGCUGGCCCCUCUGGCCGUGCUCCUUGACCCCUGCCCUCCCGGGCCUCGCCCUGUCCCCCUCCCUUCUGCCUCCUUUGCUUCUGCAAUUGCAGACCCAGGCCCACGGAGGCCCUCAGCUCAGUGGCUUCUCCAUUUGAAU